UCUCCUCCUGCCUUGUGUCUGUGAGCUCCAAUUUCUGCCUGCCCAGCCUGUGCCUCUCUCUCUUACUCAAAGUCUCUCAUUGAGUCUCACACUCUACAGCUACAAUGAAAACCUCCAGGCAAUCUACAUACUCCGUGUACUCCUCCAACACUAGUAGCAGGCCUCCGGCUAUAUCAGUCACCCGUACCUCUGCUCCUGUUUACAGGGCCCCCACUAUUCAUGGCGGGGCCGGUGGGAACCGCAUCAGCAUCUCUUCCAGCAGCCGCAUGGGGUUGGGAUCUGCGAUGGGAGUGGGCUCCGGAGCCGGGGGCUUCUCCAGCAGCAUCCAGGUGAGUGCCAGUGGGAAGAGCGCCGACAUCAUGGGCAAUGAGAAGUUCGCCAUGCAGAACCUGAAUGACCGCCUGGCCAACUACCUGGAGACAGUGAGGAACCUGGAGCAGGCCAACCACAAGCUGGAGCUUAAGAUCAAGGAGGCCUUGGAGAAGAGCGGACCUGACUUCAGAGACUACAGCAAGUACCAGGUGAUCCUGGAUGACCUGAGGAAGAAGGUGUUUGAUGCCACCACCGAAAAUGCCCGCCUGGUUCUCAACAUCGACAACGCUCGCCUGGCAGCCGAUGACUUCAGAGUGAAAUACGAGUCUGAGCUGGCCAUCCGCCAGUCUGUGGAGGCCGACAUCGUGGGUCUGAGGAAACUCAUUGAUGACACCAAUAUGAGUCGCAUGAACCUGGAGAGUGAGAUCGAAGCCCUGAAGGAGGAGCUCAUCCACCUCAAGAAGAACCAUGAAAAUGAAGUUAUGGAGCUUCGUAAUCAGAUCGCCCAGUCUGGUGUCCAUGUGGAUGUUGACGCUCCUAAAGGACAGGACUUGUCUCAGAUCAUGGCAGAAAUUCGGGCCAAGUAUGAAAAGAUGGCACAGAAGAACCAAGAAGAACUCAAAGCAUGGCAUGAAUCUCAGAUGACAGAAGUGCAGACCCAGGUCAACCUGAACACAGAGGCCCUGAAGGGUGCCCAGACAGAAGUGAACGAACUCCGUAGACAGAUACAAACCCUCGAGAUUGAACUGGAGUCACAGAGGAGCCUGAAAGCCUCUCUGGAGGGCACACUGAGGGACACAGAGCUGCGUUACAACAUGGAGAUUGAGUCUCUCAACAGCAUCAUUCUGGGUCUGGAGGCGGAGCUCACACAGCUGCGUAACAACAUCCAGGUGCAGACGCAGGAGUACGAAGCCUUGCUCAACAUGAAGAUGAAGCUGGAGGCUGAGAUCGCAACAUACAGACGGCUGCUGGACGGUGGAGACUUCAAGCUCCAGGACGCUCUGGAAGAACAGAAAACAGUGAAGACCAAAGUGAUGACUGUCACACAGACCCUGGUGGACGGCAAGGUGGUGUCCUCCAGCACAGAGACCAAGAACCUGUGAAUACAAGAAGCAACAAUCCUUAUCAGUACAUCAUGACACUAACACACAAUUGGCCAAAUUUUACUUCCAUCGAAUUCUCCAAACUUUUUAGUCAUGCAGCACUAACCUACAGACCUUCAGCUGUCUCCAUCAUUAGUCUGACAUCCUAGCCAUACAGGUCUUUCACAGGCAGAUAAUAAACUGGAUUAGAGGAAAACAAAUCAUCUUUUAUUUAUUUCAUCACAAUCUAUUUAUGUGUUUGUAUGUUGAUCUGCACAUGUUUACUAAAGUUCAGAAUUGGACAACGAGAAGACAAACCAAUUGAAGGCAUUGAAUAUUUCAAAGCAAUAAAAGAAUCCAGUAAAUUGCAUUUUUCUCUUUUUUUUGCAUAUUUCAUCGUCUUUGUUUUCUUUCUGUCCAGUUGAGUCUGCCUGCUGUCCUGUAAUGUUCAACCAUUUUAAUAAAGUCCAUUUGAGAAACUUUA